CUGUCUGGAGGCUUCCGAUUGCUACUGUUAGUAACAUGCAAUGCAAGAUCUUUGCAUGUUGACCGAGUUGGCAUGCAUAAUCCUCUCUGUUUUUAGUAUAUCACACACACUGUUCAGUAUUCCAUCUCGUAAUAAAGUGGAUGGGGCAACUUACUGUGACAGCCAGUUAGCAAGCUAAUGUGGCACAGAAUGCCAGAACUAGGCACCACCAUCAUCAUUAGUAGACGGGUAGGUUAAAGCCAGAAAUGUGUUUUAUGUGGAUUAGGUGACCGCAAGCUCUAACUUGAUGGGUGUUCAUCGUAUAGCAAGGUAGCCAGCUAGCUAGAUAUAUGCAGGACUUGGAGUAGAGUCGUGUGAUCUGUUUUAAGGUUAGCCAAAACAGUCGGGCAGACUCAAAUUAGCGCGGCGAUAUGUUGGCGUCCUCGACCAGCGAAGUUGUGCAAUUUGUCCAGUCUGCUAGCCACCACUGAUAUCCUCAGUAAGAUAUUGCUAACGUUAGCAAGUUCAACAACGUAGUAAGCUACACGAUCAAGCCAUUGAGACUGCUCGAAAAGUGUAUUCUGAGAUGGCUGUUUGAUGAGUUUGCUAGCUGGCAAAAUACAUUGUCUGACUACAUGAAGCUGGAGUUCCAUGCUGGUUAAUGACGGUAUCCAUUGUGCACUGGGCAGUCUACAAGGCAAAUGUUUGUCUGCCUGUGGAAGAGGUUUAAUUAAGGAUACACACAAUUUAUCAACAGCAGGCCUGUGUGCCUCGCCACCAUGUUCUGGAAGUUCGACCUGCACACGUCCUCCCACAUCGACAAGCUGCUGGACAAGGAGGACGUGACCCUGCAGGAGCUGAUGGAGGAGGACGACGUGCUGCAGGAGUGCAAGGCCCAGAACCGCAGGCUGCUCCUCUUCCUCAGCCAGGACGAGUGCAUGCAGGCGCUGGUCACCUUCAUCACCCGGGAGCCGCCCGAGGACAUGGAGGAGAAGAUCCGCUUCAAGUACCCGAACGUCGCCUGCGAGCUCCUGACGUCGGACGUGAGCCAAAUCAACGACAAGCUGGGCGGGGACGAGUCUCUGCUGGAGACGCUGUACGGCUUCCUGGAGCAGCAGCCCCCGCUCAACCCCCUGCUGGCCAGCUUCUUCAGCAAGACCAUCGGCAACCUCAUCGCCCGCAAGACCGAACAGGUCAUUUCCUUCUUAAGAAAAAAGGACGGGUUUGUCGGUCUGGUGCUGAAACACAUGGACACCUCAGCCAUGAUGGACCUGUUGCUUCGUCUCAUCAGCUGUGUGGAGCCUGCCCCCCUGAGGCAGGAGGUCCUCAAUUGGCUUAAUGAGGAGAAGCUCAUCCAGAGACUGGUGGAGCUCAUUCGCACGGGACACGAUGAUGAGAGGCAGUCGAACGCAUCGCAGACGCUGUGCGACAUGAUCCGUCUGAGCAGAGACCAGGCGCUGCAGUUCCAGGAGACGCUGGAGCCCGACCCGCUGCUCGCCGUGCUCGAGUCGCAGGAGACAGUGGAAGAGCUGCUCAAGAACAUGUUCGAAGGGGGGAAGAGCGAGUCCUGCAUCCUCAACGGAACUCAAGUGCUACUUACUUUACUAGAAACCAGGAGGCCCGGGGUCGAAGGGCUGAUGGACCUGUGUUCUCAGGGGUUUGAAAGGUCUUACACUGUCAGCAGCAGCAUUCUGUGCGGUAUCGAGCCUCACCUGACCGACUUCCACCAGGUGCUCCUGGACCCUCCCAAGAAAAGUGCAAUACUGACGACCGUCGGGGUGCUGGAGGAGCCGCUGGGUAACGCCCGCCUGCACGUCGCCAGGCUGGUGGCCUCGCUGCUGCAGAGCAGCACCGCCAGCGUCAGCCAGGAGCUCUGCCGCCUGGGCACCAUGGCACUGCUACUAGAUUUAUUUUUCAAAUACACCUGGAAUAACUUUUUGCACCACCAAGUGGAGCUGUGCGUGGCUGCCGUCCUGAACCGCUCCACCCGGGAGGAGAAGCCUCAGGCCAGUCUGGAGAAGGAGGAGGAGGAGAAGGGGAAGGAGAAGGGGAAGGAGAAGGAGGAGAAGGAGGAGAAGGAGGUGCAGGUGCAAGAGGAGACUACCCAGAACAGCACCACGGACACGCCCGAAACUUCAGGACACAGCGUCCUGGUGGCUCACAUGUUCCAGAAAUGCCGCCUAGUGCAGAGGAUAUUAGAAGCCUGGGAAGAAAACGACAAAAUCCAGGCAGAGGGGGGAAUGAGGAGAGGCUACAUGGGUCACCUGACCAGAAUAGCCAAUACUGUGGUCCAGAACAUGGACAAAGGGCCAGUCCAGACGGAGAUUAGUGACCUCAUCAAAGAGCUCCCAGAAGACUGCCGGGGACGCUGGGAGAGUUUUGUGGACGAGACCCUGACGGAAACGAACAGGAGAAACACCGUGGAUCUGGUGAGCACACACAACCUGCAUUCCUCCAGCGAGGACGACGACAUGGAGAGUCCCUUCCCCAAUGAGCUGUCCUUACAGCAGGCUUUUUCGGACUAUCAGAUCCAGCAGAUGACGGCAAACUUUGUGGAUCAGUUUGGAUUCAAUGACGAAGAAUUCGCUGAGCACGACGAGAACAUCAAUGCCACUUUCGAUAGGAUUGCAGAGAUCAACUUCAAUUUGGAUGCCGAUGAUGACAGCGCCAAUGCCGCCGUGUUCGAGGCCUGCUGCAAGGAGAGAAUACAGCAAUUUGACGACAACGAGGAGGACGAGGAGGACAUCUGGGAAGACAAAGAGAUAAACUAUGCAACGAAAGUCAAGUCGAGAACAAGGUUUGGAGUCUCGCGGACCUCAGACAGUUCCUCCAGGAGCGAUGUGGAGAACGGGGAGGAGGGCCAGAGCGGCGGGUCAGACGAAGAGGAGGCGGGGCCUGAAGAUUCAGUCAACACGGAGAACGACAAGAACAAGAGCCGGGCGGAGGGCAAGGAAGUCGAGUUCACCGAGGGGACAGGCCCAGCAGGGUGGACGGCCAGUUUCGAGGACGUGGCAGACGCCCCCGGCCGCUGCGUGGUGGUGGACGUGGGCUCCAGCGUGUGGGACUCAGCCAGUCGUCAGCACGGCGCUGAGGAGAGCGAGGACAAAGGGUGGGCCAAGUUCUCCGACUUCCAGCCGUUCUGCUGCUCGGAGUCUGGGCCCAGAUGCAGCUCCCCAGUGGGCUUGGAAAGCACCAGCUCUGAAGGGUGUCCCAAGCAAAACCAGGACAAGAACUUCAAAAGCUCCUCCCCCUGCACGUGGAGCGUGUGCGCCUCCCGAAAGGCUCCCCUGGUGGCCUCGGACAGCAGCUCCUCCGGGGGCUCCGACAGCGAGGACGAGGAGGAGAAGGCCAGCGUCGUCACGGAGACCGUAACCGCGGGAGCUGGAAAAGAGACGGGCAAACUCAGCACGGAUGCCAAAAACAAGAAGGCGGUCGUUAAGAGCAGCGACGCAGAGUCUGUGCCCAUCGACAAGCUCAGCAUCACGGACGGGCCCCAGAGGGGCACCGAGACGCCAAACCGAACAGAGCCGCCCGCUGCCACCCCCCUCGGCUCCUCGGCCCCCGAGAGCACCGCCAGAAACCUCACUGUGACAGACAGGAAAGGGGAGACCAUCUCGCCAGUGGAGCUGUCUCUCAACGGGCCGGCCUGAUGGUCCCGGGACAGGGACAGGGACACGGACAGGGACAGGUCGGACCCCAUUUCUGUGCCGCUUCCUUUUUUCUCCAAAAAAAAAAAUAAAAAUGAAAAGAAACAAAAAAAAAAAACCUAUCCAUGCAACUUCUACGUACUUCUACAUUUCAGUACAAAAUGCUGCGAUGUUACUGGGCCCUGCCAGUCAGGAUCAGUAAAAUGGUUUGGGUUGGGUUGGGUUGGGUUGGGUUGGGGUGCGGGUUAGGUGUGUGUAGGGUGGGUGGUGUGGGGUUAGCGUUAAGCACCGAAAAGUCUUUUUAGCCAGUGUUGAAACAAUUUUAUCGGUUUUAAUGUAGCACUGAAAAGUUUCCGUUUUCUCCGCUUCCUGAAAGAAAGACUUCCCCCGUCUGUAUAUCGUCAUACUGACAUCGUCAUACUGCGUCAGGUCCGGCCCGCUCCUCUGUAGGCCUACAGUGCUAGUCUGUGUGUGUGUGAGACGCAUAACUCAAGAGGAGCCUGGGACAGCUUCACGGUGACAGUUGCAUUUUAAACGAACCGUCGCCGGGGGAAACAACUGAGCCGAGUGCAGCGGAAGGUACAAACGGACAGUUCUGUGUGUUAAACUGCUUUUGUCAAACCUCUCUGUUGGUCUUCUCUUGCUAAACUAUGCCAGUUGCAGCGCAUCACGGUUUGCCAACUUUACAGUCUCGAGAACCACGGGCUGUACAGUACGUGUCAGACCCAUAUUCUUAAUCAGUUAACUGAGAGGAGGACUGCUGUGUCUGCUGGGUUUUUUUAUUUUUAUUUUUUUUACCCCGCACGUUUCGGCACUUUAAAGCGAUUAAUUUAAGCCACUGAUCGGCGAAGGUUUCUGCACACUUUGCUUCCAAGGCCAAAGUUAGCUGCUGAUCGACAGGAAACCACAAAAAAAAACAAAAAAAACAUGCAGACUCUGCGGCCCUCCCUCCAGGGUUCGAGUUCGACACGCCUGGUCUAGAGACUGAAACAGUGGCCAAAGGAAGCCAAUGUGCACAAGGGACUGGGGUGGCAGUGUCUUUCAUGCUUUUCUUCUCUUCAAACACCUGAAUUUUUAGUCAUAGAUUUUUAUUUAAAUUACUACGUGUGGUUUGCUGACCCCUUGACCUUACGCAUGUUUCAUAAUGAUACAGACUUAAGUUCUUGCUUUCUCCCCCCCCACCAGACAUUACCUUCUUGCAUUUUAUUUUCCAAAAGCAAUGUCAAGAGAUUUUUGUACAUAAAUUUAAUACAGACGUAGUCUUUUGAAUUUGUAAUGACUUCGGUCAUUGCACCAGAAAAAAAAAAAGAAAGCAAUGCAAUGUUUCUUCAGUGAGAAACCAAGUAGGAAUGUCUUGUAAAAUGGUACCCUGUCCCAACUUCCGAGUUAUGCCCCUCUCUCUUUUAGCAUCCUUAGGUGUAAGAUCAGAAAUGUAUGAUUAGAAAGUUCUUAACCGACCAUUCGAAUGCUGAUGUUAUCACCACCACUGGUAAUUGAAAGUAAUGCAGUUGUAGAACACUGACUUUGAAUUUUGAAAAAACAUUCCAAAAAACCUACUCAUCAAACGGGUUAAAAUAAAUGAGAAGUUUUGCUCAUUGCAAGCCAAUUAUCAAUAUCAAUAUCUGAAGGAUGCUAGUUUAAAGUAUGUAACUCACAAGCCAGAUGUUUGUGCAAUGUUUUCAUAUCAGAACUCCUGGAUACCAACUAAUCAUGUAGUUAAAAAAAUUUCAUCCAUGCAUUUCAAAUUGCUCUUAUUUGUUUGUCACAUAUAUGAGUCGAUCCAAAUGAAUUUAUUUAAUUGAAUGGAAUUAAUGUAAAACCACAUCCCGAAAUAGGAAGAGGUGAACCCAGGUUUGUUCACAUGAGAGAAUCAAACAGUCAAAUGUUGCCUGAUGUUUUGUUGCAAAUGGGAACCCUUUAUUUGGACAUAACUCAGUGGUGUGUGUGUGUAUAGGCUUUGGUACAGCCUACUUAAGGUUCAUAUUAUUAACAAGAUUGCCACACCCUCUGAACUAAAGCCAUAAUGGCUUUCUGACUUGAGUGUUGCAUUUUGGAUUUUUUGCACUUAAAAUUGUAAUAAGGUAUAUACAAUAAUUUCAAAAAAAAAAAAUUAUGUGGACAGUGUUUUGUGUUUUCAGCUUCAUCAUUUUAGUCCAUAAAUUAGACACCUUUGUACAAGAGGGUGUGUGUGGAUUGUUUCUACAAUGAUGGUGAAAAAAAAAAAAACACACUGAAUUACCUACUUUGUGUAACAGCUGUCUUUAGUUCUCAUUAUGUGUGUGUGCGUGUCGUGUGUGUGUGUUAUCAUCUGAACCCAGAGAUUUCUGAAAUGGUUAAAAACAAUGGUUUCCAGGAGGGGAAGGAAGUUCUCUUUGAAACCAAGAUGUACUGCCUAUUUUUUUAAAGUUGUAAAAUCCUAGUUUUUUUAUUUUAUUUUUUUGUUUUUUUUUUUGUUUUUUGUUUUUUAAAGUUUAACCAGAUUAUUUUUUGAACUACAGUAGACAUUUCAAUGCAAUUUCGAUGAAUUCGAACAGCCAAAUCUUUUGCUCUCUUGUCCUUUACAAGGUCACCAGUGAGAGGUAUAGUAUAGGAAAUGCAACCUCCACUGAAUAAAGAAUAAAGGGUUUCCUUAGAAACACACUGAUUUGGGUUUUCCUUUGCUGACUAUUGGGAAAUUCGCUUAACGUUUGUAAAACGUUUGGAUGGAAACCUAGCAUGUCUCCUAGGCUGGUCUGCUUUGGUUUUUUAAGCAAUUACGUGGAAAAGAUGAAAUGUUGUUAUCUAAACCCUGCCGUUCUCAAAGUCCCCAGGACAGGAAUCCUUACACCCCAAAACUUUUAUUUCUGUGACAGUUUAGAUGGGCUGAUCUAUAAUCAGACCACUUUGUUUGCUGAUCUGUAACUUUUCGUGAAUGACGCUUUAUUCUCAGGAUAAUGGAGUCGGUGGUGUCAGUGGCAAGAAAGUGUACCUUCCCCGAUAAACGUCUCAAGGCCUUGAAUAUUAAAGGGGGGGCGGGGGUGGGAGUGGGAGCGGGGGCCUAUUAUACAUUUAUCUUAUUCUCAACAAGUAUAGGGUAUAUUGUAAAUUCAAACUCAAAGAUCAUAUUUACAGUAUGCCCAAAGGGCCUAUCACUCGCACUAAAAUCACACUACUACACAAUGCAGCAAUCUUUUCCAUCGAAAAGAGCACAAGACAACAGGACGGGUCUGUUAGGGUCAGUUGGUCUCGAAUGAUGAAUCAGAAAGCAGAAAUGGCCUUUGGUGGCACGGAUCGCCACCCCCUCCCUCGGUGACAAAAUAAAUUCUCCACAGACCCCCCCACAUUGUAGCAAUAUAUGUAUAUAUAGCGCUUAUUGUACAUUGUUUUGACUGGAAGAAGCAUUUGUUUGUGGCUCUACCCAUUAGUGGAAAAUUGAACAAUAUAUUUUUGAUGAAAUUUAUGAGCAGGAAAAGUUAUUUUGCCAGUUGCAAUAUAAUUUGUUUGAAUCGAUAGGCAAUAAUUAUAUCUUGUUAUUUUGGUUCACCCCAGCAUCAGUUACCUCUGAAACAUGCUUCCUCUAAAAUAAUUUAGCCUUUUAUUGGAAAACAAUAUAAUGGCAGACGUGCAUUAAAAUAUUUUUUUGAUUUCACAUUAUGAAAAAAUUGACACAUGCAGUCACUAUUUUCAGUUAAGCAGGGGUUUGUAUUUUAUUUGUGCUUUUCAAACUUUGAUUAGAAAAUAACCCAAAGUUAGAAGAUUUGUGUUUGAUGGAUCCAAAGUAUUCAAAUGGGAUGCAGGACACUUCAUGGAUAGAAUACUUGGUUGAUAGAAAGUAUUUAUUUUUCUUGGAUAAAUUUUUAAAAACUUUUCUGCUGCAAGUAUGUAUUGUGUGAUAUCUUUUCCCUACAAUUGUGUUUCCCCCGAGAAACAUGGUAGUUUCAUCAAAGUUCAUUCUGUAUCAUUAUAACAAUGCGUCAUAUCUUUUCACACUUUUUUGAGUACUACUCUGUCUUGUGUGUACCGUUUUAUUUUUGGUUUGAACUGAAAUCCAUAAUCUUAGAAAGCUCUGUAACUGUUUUUAUCUUGUGUCUUAAUGAAAACUUCAAAUGUAAGAAAGAAAAUUAUUGCACAUGGUCAUAAAAAAUGAUAAGGUACAUCACAUGCAAACAUAUUUAAAUGCAUAAUGCAGGACGGACUGUCAAUAUUCACCAGUGGAUUUUUUUAUUUCUUCAUUUUUUUUAUUUCCAUAGAAACCAUCGCCAAUCAGAUCCUUUUACAUUUAUCAUGAUUCUUUUGGUGGCCUUUGUUGUGUUCAGCUGUAUGCAAGUACCUGGUUGAGUACAACUGAGUGACCGGUUACAGGAAAAUCACAGAAAACACAGUGAACGUUUCUAAAAGAGGCUUUAGUGUGCUCCACUGAAAUGUCAUUACUGUAACGUAUGAAAUACAUAUGAGGCACAGAAGUGGACUGAGAAACGGUAAAAUACAAAAAAAAAAAUGAACUUGUACUGCCUUCAUUUUAUGAUUUCUGAAUCGAAGGUCUGUUACUUCAUCAAAAGCCUUUUUGUAUUGUAAAACUGAUGCUGGUGGUUUUCCUUUUUUGUAUGAACACAAUACUGUACCUGUUUAUCUGUUGUCAAAUUUAGGCUGUAAAUUCAAAUAUUAAGCAAAUAAAUAUUUAAAAAAUUAA